GGAAGGCAAGCAUCUCCUUGCAGGCGCUACUAGCUCGUGCAUCUAGCGGACAAGAUGCUGCGUCGGUCGGUGGUCUCAGCCUCAGGCAGGCUGCCCGCUUCGGCGGCAGGCGCAGCCGGAGUGGCGCGCCAUGCUACCGGUGCCCAUAUGGCCCGCUUUUCGACCUCGUGCACUAGAGCGCAGGCAUCACCUGCUCCAGAGCAACCCAAGAUGGUCAAGCUCACAGUGGAUGGGAAGGAGGUUGAGGUCGUCCAGGGUACCGCCCUCAUUCAGGCUUGCGAGAAGGCAGGAGCGCAGAUCCCAAGGUUCUGCUACCAUGAGAGACUUAUGGUCGCAGGGAACUGUCGCAUGUGCUUGGUGGAGAGCAAGGGCGCGCCCAAGCCCGUGGCCUCCUGUGCUUUCCCUGCUAUGCCUGGCCAGCAGAUCUUCACCAACACCCCAUUGGUAGCAAAGGCUCGUGAGGGUGUUAUGGAAUUCCUUUUGGCCAAUCACCCCCUCGACUGCCCUAUUUGCGACUGGGGAGGAGAAUGCGACCUGCAGGACCAAUCGAUGCGCUAUGGCUCCGACCGGGGCCGCUUCCACGAGAUCGCCGGCAAGCGUGCAGUCGAGGACAAAUACUUUGGCCCCCUCGUUAAGACAGUCAUGACCAGGUGCAUUCAAUGCACCCGCUGUGUCCGCUUUGCAAACGACAUUGCAGGCAUCCAAGACCUCGGCACCUCGGGCCGCGGCAACUCUCUACAAAUCGGCACGUACAUCGAGAAGACGCUUGACUCUGAAAUGUCCGGCAAUAUCAUCGACCUCUGCCCGGUGGGUGCUCUCACGUCUAAGCCAUACGCAUUUCACGCGAGGCCAUGGGAGCUCAAGAAGACAGAGUCUAUCGAUGUUCUCGACGCUGUUGGAUCCAAUAUUCGUGUGGACUCUCGUGGUGUGCAGGUGAUGCGCAUUUUGCCACGGACAAACGACGACAUCAACGAGGAAUGGAUCAAUGAUAAGAGCCGCUUCGCAUGCGAUGGGCUUAAGUACCAGCGCCUCACCACGCCGCUCAUCAAGCAGGGUGACGGCUUCGUCCCAGCUUCGUGGCCGGAGGCUCUUGUGGCCAUUGCUGAAGGCCUGGCAUCGAGUGGCGCAAAAGGAGACGAAAUCAAGGCCGUUGCUGGCUCACUUGCAGAUGCCGAGUCGAUGGUUGCUCUCAAGGACCUGGUCAACCGUCUGGGCUCUGAGAACCUUACCACCGACUUGCCCACCGGGGACCAACCCUCUGCGACUGGCGUCGACAUUCGCUCCAAUUACUCUUUCAACUCUAGUAUUCCGGGCAUCGAGGAUGCGGAUGCCAUCCUCCUGGUUGGUACCAACCCGCGACAUGAGGCUGCGAUUGUGAACACGAGGAUUCGCAAAACCUACCUCCGCUCUGAUUUGACAGUCGGCUUGAUCGGAGAACAAGUUGACCUCACCUACGACUACGAUCACGUGGGCACCGACGCCAAAGCCAUUCAGUCCAUCAUCGAUGGUAAGGGUGACUUUGGUAAGAAGUUCAAGCAGGCCAAGAAACCGAUGAUCAUCGUUGGCAGCGCGGUCGCCGAGCACGUGGAUGGAAAGGGCAUGCUGGCAGGCUUAGCCGAGUAUGUCAAGAGCAACAAGGAUCGAUUCAUCUCUGCCGAGUGGAACGGUUUCAACAUUCUUCAGCGCACAGCUUCGAAGACUGCCGCGAACGACAUUGGCUUCGCUGCUCGCAAGGCAACAGCCGACAUCACGCCAAAGUUCAUCUACCUGCUCAACGCUGACGACUUUUCGCCAGAGAGCAUUCCGAGAGAUGCCUUUGUCGUCUACCAGGGUCACCACGGCGACGUUGGCGCUCAGUUUGCCGAUGUGUGCUUGCCCGGUGCUGCAUACACGGAGAAGGCGACUACCUUCGUCAACACGGAAGGCCGAGCGCAGCUAACUCGCGCCGCUGUUCCUCCACCAGGCGCAGCUCGUGAGGACUGGAAGAUCAUCCGUGCACUCUCUGAAGUGCUGGGCCACGUGCUUCCCUACAACGAUCUCCUCGAUCUGCGGGAUCGCAUGUUCGACAUCUCUCCCACGCUCGUCCGAUACGACAUCGCUGAGCAGACCUCGGCGGCGAAUGCGCUCGCUGGGAUCGACUCGCUGGUCCAAGGCGGCGACGCAAAGAAAGUGUCUGGUGCGCCACUCUUCCGACCUAUCACCAACUUCUACCAGACUGAUCCUAUUUCGCGCGCAUCGCCGACCAUGGCGAAAUGCGUCAAAGCCUUCGUGCAAAAGCUGCCGAUGGAACAGGUCGAGCCACCGCGCCUGAGCGAACUUUCGUCGCUGAAUUAGUUGGCUGAGAACUGUGUAGAUCCAAUUGCAACGCCUAAAGAAUGCAUACAUCAUGAUCGCAAC